AUGUCAACAGAUGAACAAUACAAAACAACAGAACUCCGAAUAAAAAAUGCAUUUGGCCAAGUGAUCGUUGGUAUUUUGGAGCAGAACGAAACGAAGGCGUCUGCGUCGUUGGUGUCUAGUACUCGCGGUGCGAGAAUCGGAUUGAUUUGCCAUGGGAUAUUUGGACAUAAAAACUAUUGCUACCAAGAACAACUGGCCAAAUCUCUUCCGUUUGAUAAUUUUCGCUUUGAUUUUCGUGGAAGUGGUGAUAGCGAAGGUGAAGCGUCAUUUGCAUGUUUGCAGGAUGACUUGGACGAUAUCGAUACCGUAUUAAGUUAUCUUGUUAAAGAGUACGGGUAUAGGCCUUUUACGAUCAUAGCACAUUCUAAAGGAGCAGGAACAGUUCUCUCAUACGCAGCAACAAGGAACCGUACACUACCCCACAUAGUAAAUGUGUCUGGCAUGUAUUAUUUGUCAGAUUACCUGAAAAUACUUCCGAAACAGCUUCACGAUGCAUUAGAGACCAAAGGGACUUACGAUUGGGAGAUGAAGAGUGCGAACAAGACCGUAAAAGUUCGAGUUACCAAGGAAGAGUUGCAGCAAUUUCUUAAUUUACCUGUCCAUUUGGUUGAAACUAUGCCAGAAACCACCUCUGUCUUAACUAUUCAUGGUACUGCAGACGAGCAAGUUUCAGUCAAAAAUGCUGUAAAAUAUGCAAACCUGAUUCCAAACCACACCCUGAAACUCAUUAUUGGAGCAACACACAAUUAUAAAGGCUAUACUAAAGCGAUAGUCGCCGAGAUUUGCGAGUACUUUUCCGCUGCGUUUUUAUCUCAACGAUUUUUUCAGCGGAAUCGGUGGUUGGAUGGAGGUGUGGUCCCGCGUGUUAUUAACGUUGAAGGGCUUUUGAAUUUUUAUGAUUUUGGUGGGUGGAGGUGUACUGAUAUUAGCGGCGAUGAUGCUAAUGAAGUUGGUGAAGUUUUCGUUCGUGAGAGAUUUAUGUUUCGAUGUGAAAAGUUAUCAAAAAUUACGCAAGAAGUAAUAAAAGCACUUCAUAAACUAAACAUUAAGAAGAUUUUUGAUUUUCGUUCUAGUGUCGAACUUGAGACACAGGACGUCAACAUUGACGGAAUUGAGCGAGUACAUAUACCUGUUUUCGUGGAAACUGAAUACACGUCAGACGAGCCAUUCGAAUCAUGGAAUAUACAUUCUCAUAGUUCACAAGAAAUUGCACUGGGAUAUCUCCAAGUUCUAAAGGAAGGAGCAAAAACCUAUGCCAAAAUAUUCCACCACAUUCUUGAAAAUCCAUACACUCCGUUCGUGGUACACUGUAGCGUGGGUCGCGACAGAACUGGAUUGUUUGUAAUGUUGGCGUUGAGAUUGGCGGGUGUUUCUGAUGAAGUUGUUGCGCGUGAAUACGAGAUGAUAACGGAAAAGAUUAAUGAAUAUGGAAAAAUAGAAAAUGCUUCUGCAAGGUCUGGAUCUCUUCGGACCGCAAACCAUAGAUACGCAUCCAUGGUCCGAACUCUCGUCGAGUUCCAUAAAACAUACCACUCUGCUGAGAACUUUCUCGUCAACGAGUGUGGGUUCUCAGUGGAUCAAGUUAAGAGAAUUAAAUGCAAUUUAGUUGUGAAUUAUGGGACUGUUUCUUCUGCUUCCGGUGCUAGUAGCAGGAAAAGGGAAGAUGAUAGUAUUAUGAAAAAAGCUUCUUUGUGA